CAUCGAGGAUGGGAUGGGACUACCUGUGUUAGGCGUUGGGUGCUUGGGUGCUUGCAUGGAUGGGUGGUGGGAUUGUGCUUGCUUUGAUUGUUUGAUUGCUUGUUUGCUUGUUUAGACCGGGAGAAGUAUGGCAUGGACUACAGCGGAUAGCGAGAGUGACAAAGCAGUUGGGAGUACGACAGUACUUCAUACUCGUUACUCACUGAGGCUACCUACCUAUACUACAAGACGACUAAUACAUAUAUCUAGAAACGGCAUCAGUAGCAACCAGACCCCUCCCCUUCCAAAGAAAAGCCAUAACACCAGCAAAACACCCACUCACGACCAAUACAACAUACCUACUGUACGGCAUGUCGUAUGCACAAAACCACAACCGCCUUAUCCCACAACAACACCGCCAAACAUCCCAUCCCGCUUACAGCCACAACUUUCCGUUCAACUGAAAAAAAAAAAAAAAAAAAAAAAAAUACUAACCGGGACACAACAGCAGCUCACUCCGCAGACCAGUAGCCCCGAAGGAAGCAAGCAAGCAAGCACGCAAACCGCACCGCCAAGUCGUCCCUCAAUCAAACACCAUCAGGUCAUGGCGCUCUCCACUCCGCACUGAUACCGAAGCCCAGCACCACUGCAUGUUGACGCUGAACAGCACUGCAUACUGACGCAGCACACGACCGCCACCGCGGUCCCGCAUGUCCGCUAAAACGGUCCUGC